CCUGCUCCUGCCGCUGCCGCCGCCUGGCCUCGGCAGCUGCAUCCCCUCCCGGCCCCACCAUGGUGUCCUGGAUCAUCUCCCGCCUGGUGGUGCUCGUCUUUGGCACCCUCUACCCAGCCUAUUCUUCCUACAAGGCCGUGAAGACCAAAAACGUGAAGGAAUAUGUGAAACGGAUGAUGUACUGGAUUGUCUUUGCCUUCUUCACCAUGGCCGAGACCCUCACAGACAUCGUGCUCUCCUGGUUCCCCUUCUACUUCAAGCUGAAGAUCGUCUUUGUGAUCUGGCUGCUGUCGCCCUACACCAAGGGCUCCAGCGUGCUGUACUGCAAGUUCGUGCAUCCGACUCUGUCCAACAAGGAGAAGGAGAUUGACGAGUACAUCACCCAGGCCAGAGACUGGAGCUACGAGACCAUGAUGAGAGUGGGCAAGAGGGGACUGAACAACUUCCAUAGUAAUAAAUUUUUCAUGGCUUUACCUGACAAGUAA